AAUCCAUUUUCACUUUCGUACAAGUAGCGAGUUGCGAAGCAUUUACAAAUCAAUAUUUAUUUCGUCGCGUGGUCUAAGAUGAAAGUAAGCACGGUUUCAAUUGUCAUGGCAAUCCUUUGCACCCUGUCAUCUUGGCGGAGCGCAAAGGGCGGCGAUACUAUUGCAAUUGCCGUCAACAAUUCUUCUGCAAUUGCCGUCAGCAAGGGCUCAUAUGGUACAGGCCCAAAUGCGUUCGUACCACAACCAAGUACACCAUCAAACGCGGGCAGUUCGAGUGGAAGUAAUGGCGAAAAGCCGGAAACGGACAAAAUUGAAACAACAACCAUGAGCAAUAGUAAUUGGAGAGAGGAGUUUAGAAGAAGACUAGAUGAAAUAUAUGAAGGGAUGAAGAGAAAUGAUCUAACCGGGGACAUCGAUACAUUGAUAAGUAUUAUCCAAGAAGCUCUCGCUAAAAAUGGUCUACCUGGGGCCAUUAGAGAAGAACUAAAUUACGCCUUGAAAAUAUUAAUAAAAGCUAGAUGCAACAAUGACGCGAAUGUAAAGAAAGCUGUUUACUACGAAGCACUCUGUAAACUGUUCGGAAUCUUGUAUGGCGGAGAGGAAUCGGACAAAAUUGAAACAACAACCAUGAGCUAUAGUAAGUGGAGAGAUGACCUUUUAAGAGCACUAGAUGAAAUAUAUAAGGCGAUGGAAAGAGAUAAUUUAGACAGGGACAUCAAAGCUUUGAUUAGUUUGAUCGAAGAAUAUCUCGCCAAAGCUGGAACAUCUGGGGCCAUGACAGCAAAACUAUAUUACUGUUUGCAAAUAUUAAUAAAAGCUAAUGGCAGCAUUGAGGUGAGUGUUAAGAAUGCUGACUACAACAAAGCGCUCUGUACACUGACCAAAGUCGUAAGAGAGUGAAGUGCCAGCUUAAACGAGAGUUACAUAUGUAUAACACACUAUAACUGAUGAUAUAAACAAUUUAUGUUAUAAGAGAUACCUUAAAUUCUAUGAUUAGUUAUAAAAUCCGAUCCACAUUUUGAAACCACGGCAGCCAUAUCUCCAGCUUUUGUGCGAUAAAUAUAAAUCUAUUGAGCAACUUUUCAA